AUGGAGGAGGCGAAAGAAGAACUCGACGCCGCCAUACUUCAGGCAAAGAACCACUGCAUUUCUCUCCAGCAAAAUGUUUGGGACCAUGAGAAGUCCAAUCUGAGCCCUGUGGAAGACCUCUAUGUUCGGCGCUAUAUUUAUGCGGUCACCGUCGCCCGUAAUAUUCGCUUCUUCAAUGGGGUUUGUUCGUUUCAUUCGUGUGUUCUCAACGAAAAAGCUGAAGUCUUGUUGAAGUGUCCCAGUUAUUGA